UAAGCUAAGUAAUUCUCAAACAAAUAGGCAUAGCAAACUAAAUACUAACAUAUUCUACUACAAUUAUUAAACAAAUAGAUCCAACAAACACAUAAUAAUCAUAUAAGCAUUUAGAUCUUCUUAUAAAACAACUAUGAAAACUGAAAACAAAUAACUUCAGAUUAUGAAUAGAAGCAAGCAAAAUUUUUCUUUUAAAAAAGCGCGGGCAACGGUCGUUAACGGUUUAUGUUUUAAUUUAAACCUAGAAAAUUAUCUCACCCUUUAGAUAUUAAAUAUCAAAUAAUCAUGUUAUAUAUUUAUAUUAGAUGUUGAGAUUUUCUAAUAAAGUUUUUUCAUAAAGAAUCUAUCAUAUUGAAAUAUAAUAUCCGGUUUUUAUUCCAAAAAAGGUUUAUUUCGUUUGGUUUUUGUUGUUGUUGGUAGGAUCUGAGAAGAGACAGUAAGAAACAAAGAUGGAGGAUGAGAUGAGGAAGCUGUACAGUUGUGCGAUCUGUUACAAUUUGUUGGACCAAGCCACAGCCCUAAAGAGAUGCAACCACAUAUUUUGCUUGAGAUGCAUUUAUGGCAAGAUAACACAACAUGACUGGAAAUGUUGUCCAGUCUGCUAUGUUGAUUUUGGUCCGGAUCCUCUCAGGAUACUACGCCAUGACGACCCCCUUUUACUAUCAGUGGAAAGAAACAACUUAUUUCCGGAACGAUAUGAUGAGGAGACGAGAUCAGAACAAGGAGAGUCGGAGACGGAAUCUGAGAGUUCUGACGAUGAGGAGACAGAAUCCGAUAAUUUGGAAGAUAUGGAGACGGAAUCUGGAAAUGAUGAGCCAGAACCUUGAAUUUAUCUUUCAACAUUCUAUUUUCUAUUCUAAAAUAUUCGCAAAUGUUAUGUUUUAAACAAUCUCUUUGGGAUUGAUUUGCUUUUCAAUAAUUUUUAAUAAUGGAAACUGA